AUGCUAGAAUUUCGAACUCGAGGCUAUCAAGGCUAUGCGGUCAAAUACUCACCCUUCUUCGAUAACCGAAUAGCCGUUGCGGCGUCGGCGAACUAUGGGCUGGUGGGAAAUGGUCGUCUCUACAUCUUGGAGUUGACACCACAAGGUAUCCAAGCUCUGAAAAGUUAUCCUACACAAGACGCCCUCUACGAUGUCACCCACUCCGAAGCGCAUUCCUUCCACGUCCUCACUUCUUCCGGUGAUGGGUCACUACGCCUUUAUGAUUCCUCGCUGGCACCUGAAUUCCCCAUCGCGACAUUCCAAGAGCACUCGCGCGAAGCCUUCUCUUGCAGUUGGAACUUGACCUCAAAAGCCACAUUUGCGUCCUCAUCGUGGGAUGGAUCUGUCAAGAUAUGGAAUCCGGAACGACAACAAAGUCUGUUGACGUUGCCUACACAUUCAUGUACCUACAGCACCCAGUGGAAUCCACAUACAGACGGCAUGCUCAGCGCAGUCUGUUCUGACAGUCACUUGAGAGUCUGGGAUCUGAGAACCCCGGCCAGCGCAAGCAAUCAUCUUACCAUGCAGAUUCCGAUCCAUUCAGCACCAUUCUCGGGGGGAGUUGGCAAACUGCAACCCACCUUCCCGCCGUCAGAAGCACUCACGCAUGACUGGAAUAAAUACCGGAGCACAAUCGUGGCUACGGCUGGAGUGGAUCGCAUUAUCCGAACAUUUGACAUACGGCAGCCCAAAGGACCUCUUCAGAUGCUACAAGGACACGGGUAUGCCGUGCGGAAGGUCGCGUGGAGCCCACACCUUCCAGAUUUAUUGCUGAGCGCCAGUUAUGACAUGACAUGUAGGGUCUGGACAGAUGGCGGUGACCAUGGUGGCCAGGCCAGAGAGCUUGGUAGCAUGGGUCGACAUACCGAGUUUGCGACUGGAGUUGAUUGGUGCCUUUUCGGCAGUGAAGGGUGGGCGGCGAGUUGUGGAUGGGACGAACGAGUCUGCGUAUGGGAUGUACGAUCAUUCAUGCAUCAAUGA